AUGGAACCAGGGAAUCUUACACAAAUUUCAGAAUUUCUUCUUCUGGGAUUUUCAGAGAAACCAGAAUUGCAGCUUCUGAUAUUUGGGCUUUUCCUCUCUAUGUACCUGAUCACUGUGUUUGGAAACCUACUCAUCAUCCUGGCCGUCAGCUCAGACUCCCAUCUCCACACGCCCAUGUACUUCUUCCUCUCCAACCUCUCCUUAGUGGACAUCUGUUUCACCUCCACCACCGUUCCAAAGAUGCUGCUGAACAUCCAGACACAGAGCAAAGUCGUCACCUAUGAGGCCUGCAUCACCCAGAUGUAUUUUUUCACACUUUUUGCAGUGUUAGACGUCUUUCUCCUGACUGUGAUGGCCUAUGACCGGUAUGUGGCCAUCUGUCACCCCCUGCACUACAUAGUCAUCAUGAACCCCCGACUCUGUGGACUGCUGGUUCUGGUGUCCUGGAUCAUGUGUAUCCUGAAUUCCUUGUUACAAAGCUUAAUGGCAUUGCGACUGUCCUUCUGUACAAACUUGGAAAUCCCACACUUUUUCUGUGAACUCAAUCAGAUGGUCCAACUUGCCUGUUCUGACACCUUUCUUAAUAACAUGGUGAUGUAUUUUGCAGCUCUCCUGCUUGGUGGUGGUCCUUUUGCUGGGAUCCUUUAUUCAUAUUCCAAGAUUGUUUCAUGCAUACGUGGAAUCUCAUCAGCUCAGGGGAAGUAUAAAGCAUUUUCUUCCUGUGCAUCUCACCUCUCGGUUGUCUCUUUAUUUUAUUGUACUAUGCUAGGUGUGUACCUCAGCUCUGCUGCUACCCACAGCACACACUCAAGUGCCACAGCCUCGGUGAUGUACACCGUGGUCACUCCUAUGCUGAAUCCCUUCAUCUACAGUCUGAGGAAUAAAGACAUCAAACAAGCUCUAAAAGCAUUCUUUGUGAAGGAACCUACAAACAGGCCAAUUGUCCUAAGACCGAAGAAGUGCCCAUGA